GGCUGCGGCUCGCGAUGGCGGCCCCCGUGGAUGGGAGCUCCGGCGGCUGGGCGGCCCGGGCGCUACGGCGGGCACUGGCGCUGACCUCCCUGACCACACUGGCCUUGCUGGCCUCGCUGACCGGGCUGUUGCUGAGCGGCCCGGCGGGCGCUCUCCCUACCCUGGGGCCCGGCUGGCAGCGCCAAAAUCCGGACCCGCCGGUCUCCCGCACCCGCUCGCUGCUGCUGGACGCCGCGUCGGGCCAGCUGCGCCUGGAGGAUGGCUUCCACCCCGACGCGGUGGCCUGGGCCAACCUCACCAACGCCAUCCGCGAGACCGGGUGGGCCUAUCUGGACCUGAGCACAAAUGGCAGGUACAAUGACAGCCUGCAGGCCUAUGCAGCUGGUGUGGUGGAGGCCUCUGUGUCUGAGGAGCUCAUCUACAUGCACUGGAUGAACACGGUGGUCAACUACUGCGGCCCCUUCGAAUACGAAGUCGGCUACUGUGAGAAGCUUAAGAACUUCCUGGAGGCCAACCUGGAGUGGAUGCAGAGGGAAAUGGAGCUUAACCCGGACUCUCCGUACUGGCACCAGGUGCGGCUGACCCUCCUGCAGCUGAAAGGCCUGGAGGACAGCUAUGAAGGCCGUUUAACCUUCCCAACUGGGAGGUUCACCAUCAAACCCUUGGGGUUCCUAACCCAGAAAGCCUCAGUUGUGACAUGGCGCAAAGUAGCUGCUGGCCCUCCCAUCCUCCCUCUUAAGCCUGCUGCAGAUCUCUGGAGACCUGGAAGACCUAGAGCCAGCCCUGAAUAAGACCAACACCAAGCCUUCCCUGGGCUCCGGUUCAUGCUCUGCCCUCAUCAAGCUGCUGCCUGGCGGGCAUGACCUCCUGGUGGCGCACAACACGUGGAACUCCUACCAGAACAUGUUACGCAUCAUCAAGAAGUACAGGCUGCAGUUCCGGGAGGGGCCGCAAGAGGAGUACCCCCUGGUUGCUGGCAACAACUUGGUUUUCUCGUCCUACCCGGGCACCAUCUUCUCCGGAGAUGACUUCUACAUCCUGGGCAGUGGCCUGGUCACCCUGGAGACCACCAUUGGCAACAAGAACCCAGCCCUGUGGAAGUACGUGCAGCCCCAGGGCUGUGUGCUGGAGUGGAUACGAAAUGUCGUGGCCAACCGCCUGGCCUUGGACGGGGCCACCUGGGCAGACGUCUUCAAGCGGUUCAACAGCGGCACGUACAAUAACCAGUGGAUGAUUGUGGACUACAAGGCAUUCCUCCCCAACGGACCCAGCCCUGGAAGCCGGGUGCUCACUAUCCUAGAACAGAUCCCGGGCAUGGUGGUGGUGGCUGACAAGACUGCAGAGCUCUACAAAACGACCUACUGGGCUAGCUACAACAUCCCGUACUUUGAGACUGUAUUCAACGCUAGUGGGCUGCAGGCCCUGGUGGCCCAGUAUGGAGAUUGGUUCUCUUACACUAAGAACCCUCGAGCCAAGAUCUUCCAGAGGGACCAGUCACUGGUGGAGGACAUGGACGCCAUGGUCCGGCUCAUGAGGUACAAUGAUUUCCUCCAUGACCCUCUGUCAUUGUGUGAAGCCUGCAACCCAAAGCCUAAUGCGGAGAAUGCCAUCUCUGCCCGCUCUGACCUCAACCCCGCCAAUGGCUCCUACCCAUUUCAGGCCCUGCAUCAGCGCGCCCAUGGUGGCAUUGAUGUGAAGGUGACCAGCUUUACCCUGGCCAAGUACAUGAGCAUGCUGGCGGCCAGUGGCCCCACGUGGGACCAGUGUCCUCCGUUCCAGUGGAGCAAAUCGCCAUUCCACAGCAUGCUGCACAUGGGCCAGCCCGACCUCUGGAUGUUCUCACCCAUCAGGGUGCCAUGGGACUGAGAGAGAGUCCGCCUCCGCCUAGCUGCCUUCAUUUUGUGUGGCCAGUGGGUCAUACACCUGCCGUCCACCCCUCGGGCUUCUGUCUUCACUAGACUCUGGUCCUAGCGGCUUCCUUCGCAAGGACACAACCCAGUGGGCUCAGAGUUGCCUCUGUCUCUGAGCCCUCUGCCCCUUCAUGGCUCAUCCUCCCUGUCCCUGUCACCAGCAGGCUGGGGCUUAUGCUUGGCUGUGGGCCUGGUGGGAUCCGGGGCACACAUUCUCCUAGUGCUGGUCCCUCAGCAUAUGUGUGAACUGACAGGGGACAUUAUGGUUGUCACUGCUGGCCUGUGGGCCCAUCGCCUCAGGAGGCAGCCCUGUGCCCUUCUGGGCAGCUCUUCUAAGUGCAGGAGCUUGAGAACAAAACCAAAGUUUCUGGCUGCUUGUAGCUGGAGGGCCUUGAGUCUUCUUUCAGCAGGAGGAAUGGACCGUCACCCCACACUUCUACCCCUACUCCCAGCCAAGCCUGCCCCUGGCCUCCUGGUAGGUGUCUCUGGCUGUGUGCUCCGGUCAGCGAAGCCCAGGCUGUGCUUCUGUUAAACAAGCCUUGUGGGGCGGCACCACACCCUGUCUGUCCAUGGCUGUCUCCUUCCAUCUGUCCUUUCUCUAGUCCACGUACCUACUGUUCACCUGCAUCACCAGCCCCCUGCCCGUCCAUCCCCUCUCCUGUCCACCCUACCGUCUUUUCACUCAGUCAGCGGUCCACACACCUACCCGUCCACUUGCCUGCCUUUUCAUCUGAACGUCCUCACCUCUCACCCACCCAUCCACCUGCCCGUCCGUCAGUCUGUCCACCCAGAACUGCACAUCCCUUUUCAUUUUGGUUUUGCUCUGUAACUCAGUGUGGCCUUGAACUUGAAUGCCUUGUAGUCCACAGUCAUCCUCUGGUUAUUGUAUCUGCUGGCCGCCUUCACCCUCACAUGCUGGGUUUCCAUGUACAGGCCGCCGUGCCUUGAUUCUGCUUUUCAUCAGCCCACUCAUCUCUCUGUCCAUUUAUCCCUGUUAGUCCUUCUGCUCAGCAUCUGUCUCAAGUGCUGUAUUCUGGGUCCUAGCCUGGCCCAACCUGCUGACCACUAAGACCCUAAAUCCUAGACCCAGAGACCCACAUGAAACCAAGUCCCCUGUGUGGGGCCCAGAGAGCUCACAGCCUGUGAACCAGAGGCCCUAAGAUGUGUGGGUAGCUUUACCCGAGCCAGUCCGGGCCUGCCAUGUGUUCUGAGUUUCGUUGGUAGUCAGGGGUUGGUUUCCUGUCAGGUUCACUCCACCUUCCCUGCUCUGCAGAUGCCUGCACGGGGUUGGUUUUCCAGACACCAGGGUGGGGCCGCUGGUGUCUCAGGAUGGCCUUGUCCUGUCCCUAAGGACUUCAUAUUAGCAUGUGGUGGCCUUGCCUGUGCAUCUCCCAGCUGCUUUGCGACCCCACCCUAGAUCCCUGUGUGGCUUAGCUCUGGUCCUCUCUCCUGACUUACGGAUGUGUGGGUUCCACCAGUCAAUCCACUGGGAGACCCAAGACCCCAGAGGGGAGCACCACUUCUCUGAGAGCCAGGGACGAUGUGGCUGGGUGUAGAGGGAGACUGAACAAGGCAAGGAAGCUAACGCCUGUCUGCCCGGCACUCAGAAGAUGAGGCAGGAGGAUCUCCAGUUUGAGACCAGCCUGGGCUGCACAUAGACCCUCAUGUCAAGAACAAACAAAGCUCAAAAGAUCUUUGCUCUAUAAAUAUAUAUUUAUUUUUUAUUUACAA